AAGGGAAGUGGCUUCCCGCUGGCUUUUGGUCGGCCGGGAAAGGAGAGCCGGGAAGUCUCAGGAGGCAAUGGCCACCAAGAAGCUGGCCCGACAACUUGGAUUAAUUAGGAGGAAGUCCAUCAGUCCUGCUAAUAAGGAUGAGCAGGGUAGAAUCAGGUCAAAGCAAUUAUUUGAUUACUUAAUUAUCAUUGAUUUUGAGUCAACAUGCUGGAAUGAUGGAAAACGCCACUAUAGCCAGGAGAUAAUUGAAUUUCCAGCAGUUCUUCUAAAUACAUUAACUGGAGAGAUUGAGUCUGAAUUCCAGACCUAUGUCCAGCCUGAGGAACAUCCAGUUCUUUCCAAAUUUUGUGUUGAACUGACAGGUAUAAAACAGGCUCAAGUUGAUGAAGGAGUUCCUUUGAAGAUUUGCUUAUCACAGUUCUGCAAAUGGAUUCAAGUAAUUCAACAGCAGAAGAAGAUAAUUUUUGCUCCCAGUGUUAGAGAUAAUUCUGCUUCAGAUGUAAAAUUAUGUGCAUUUGUUACUUGGUCAGAUUGGGACUUGGGAGUUUGCUUAGAGUAUGAAUGUAGACGGAAACAAUUGCGAAAGCCUGUAUUCUUGAAUUCUUGGGUAGACCUCAGAGCAACUUAUAAGAUUUUCUAUAGGAGAAAGCCAAAGGGGCUAAGUGGUGCAUUGCAGGAACUGGGAAUAGAAUUCUCAGGACGAGAGCAUUCUGGAUUGGAUGAUUCUCGGAAUACUGCCCAUCUGGCUUGGCGCAUGAUCAGAGAUGGCUGCAUAAUGAAAAUUACUAAAUCUUUAGAUAAAGUACCACAUUCAGCGAAGAGUCCCAAUUGUGUUGCCAGAGCUUUAAAUCUGAAUCAGACUGAAGAUGCCCCUGGAUGUAAGAAUGGAAUCCAGCCUUCAAGCAUGAAUGAUUUUUGUAAUGGUGAAAUUAACAUUGGUAAAAAUAUCAUAAAUCCUAAUGGAAAAAAUUAUCUAAAGUUAACUUCUUUACAUCAAGAUUACCUACCAUUAGAGAGUACCAGAAAUCUUACUGAGGUUAAAAGUUGUUUCUCAGUUAAAGAAUCAUCUCUUCUUCCUGGGAAAUUACAGCCACCCAAUUCUAAUUCACCAGGGUACAUCCAAAACCAAAUAAAAGGUGAAUACCUUACCCAUAAUCCUAAAUAUAAUUCUUCAACACUGGAUUCAGGAUUAGUGCUUGUCUCUACUACCAUUUCAUCUGUUAACAAUAUUUCUGAUAUAGAUACAAGUACUAGCCUUGACUGUUUGCCAAUGCUAGCUGAUUGGGAGGAUGUAGCUUUACUGCCAGCUUCAUGGCCUGAACAAAACACAAACUCUGUGUCUUCCAUUAAUGACUCAAACCCAAGCACUUCAUUAGAGCCUGAGAAAAAGAAAAAGAUUUUGAAAGAACAAACAAUGAUAAGUUGCACAGAUUUGGGAUGUUUAGGAAAAGCAGAACAACCCCCUGAGACAUCAGGGUCUGUUGUUUACAGAAGCCCUCAUACUACUAUUUAUAAUGUAAAGGAAUCUUCAAACCAGCCUUCAAAUGUUGAUACUUUUAAGUUGCCUAACUUAAAAGUAAAUUUACUGAGCAAAUCUAAGACUGUUUUAUCUCCUCCCUCAAUACUGGGGGAACCACAGCCUCCGUAUUCCAUGGUCAUUAAAAGAAAAUCUACUCCCCAGGUUUUCUUGCGAUCAAAAAAACAGUCUUUUACAAUACAUGAAGAAAAACCUACAUCUCAUUGCUCCCCAUUGAAAAAUUCAUUUCUGAAGAUGACACCUUCUGUCUUAAAAUGUACCGUCAACUUGCAAGAACCUUGGCAGAAUAGGAAAAUGACACCACCUUUAUGUAACUGUGGCCGGAGGUCUAAAAGACUCCUUGUUUCUAAUAAUGGACCAAAUCAUGGCAAAGCCUUCUACAGUUGUCCUGUUGGGAAAUACCAAAAGAAUAGAAAGAACUGUGGUUAUUUUAAAUGGGAGCAAACACUUCAAAAGGAGAGAACCAGUAGUAUGAAUUGUUCACUUUCCACAUCAGGAAUCAAUCUUAGAUCUCCUGGAACUUCCUCUAGAAAUUUAAUCUUUUCUCCUGAAAACUGUCUGAAACUCAGACCAUCUAUGAGAAGUUGAAUAUCGUCGCUCUUUGUAAACUCUGCUUUAAUUUAAAUGGAUUUUUAAUGGAAAAAUGUAAAAGACAUCUAGUACUACAGAUUAUUGAAAAAGAUUCACUGGGCAUUCCUGGAUGCUAUAGAUGAGAAUGUGUCUGCACAUUGAGACAUUAAAGAAAUGUUUUAAAGCAAAUUUGCUUGUAAAGUACUUAGACUUCUGAAGGUCUAAAAACGUUUGGCAUUAUGAUUAUUAUUUUUUAAAAGAAAAUUAAUUUUAUUCUGGAAG